CGGAAGCAAUCCCAUUCUUGACCAAAAGACAACACACAACAACCGCAAUGACAAUGCACACCAAAGGCAAGCAAGAAGACUUACAAAUAGCUUUUGAGUAGGUAGAUUCUCCCUCAGGUGUUCAUUUGGCUACCGGUAUGAUACCUGAGUCUACCGGUACCAGUGUCUACCUUUGAACGAACCUUCAAUCGAAUCGAAUUGGUCUCCUUCCACAACCCAGUUUUCAAUCUAGGGCGGUAUCUUCGUCACGUUUCGAAUCAGUUCCCCUUUGAAGGAAUAAUCCCUCUCCACGUUUUUCCUCAGAAGAUUAUCAUAGAUCUAGUUGAGCCAAUGUAAAUAAAUGCAACAUGGAUAAUCCCAACAAUCACAACGAAACAGGGAGAGGGGUCGUCUCAGAUGCAGAAGGCGAUUUGUCCAGAGCUCAACAACUCCAACAACAAAUGCAACAACAGGAACCAGCUGGAGAGAAUCUGAUGCAAAAUAAUCAAGAACAAGCAGCAAACGAAGCUCCACAAGAGCAGCCACGAAACCCUGCUAGAGGACCGCCAGUAGGUCCACAGCAACCGCAACCACCUGUAUUACCCCCACAGCAACAAAUGCCUCCAUUUGCGCCUGGUCCAUCUUGGCCACACCCACAGAACCCAAUGAUACCUCCCAAUGCUCCUCCAGCUGUGGCGCCACAACCACCGCCUCCUCCCAGCCAACACGCCAUUGCCAUGGCACAGUACUAUGAAGCCAGAAUGAGGGAUCAUGCCGCUGCCUAUGCUUCGGCGGCUGCCGGAGCGGCUUGGGCUGCGGCACAAAUUGCGGCACAGGCGGCCGAAUUCGCUGCCAGCACCAGCGCAUCCACGCUACCUCCUCCUCCUCCUGAUCCAUCGUCCAGGCUUCCACCACCUCAUUUUGACCCCAGCAAUAUACCACCACCGGCAUUGCCCAUGCCCCCUGCUCCAGGAAUGUAUUACCCUGCCGGUAAUAGUAAUAAUGCCAAUGCUGCAAUGUACAACGGCAGUCAUCCGAUGGGAGGACCACCGCCCAUGGGAUCACCACACGCUGCCGCUGUGGAUCCCAGUAAUAAUAACCUAUUUUAUGGACACUCACAGGGAGAGUUUCGUGAUGGAGGAGGAGGCGAGGGAGAACCCUAUUGGCAACAACAACAACCAAGUCCACAACACAACAAACGAAACAACAAGAACAAUGAUACCGACGAUUCGUAUGAGUAUCGAAACAAUAGACGCAAGCGAAUGACACGAAGACCUCCAGGAGGAAUCAGUAUUCCUCGACAUCACAACAACUACAACAACAAUAAUAACAACAAUCCAGGCAACAACAACAACAACUAUCAUCAUAAUGAUACUCCCCGAAAUAAUCAGAAUCAAGGCAAUGGCGCCAACAAUAGACGCCGUCUACGAGAUGAACACAGCAGCAAUAGUAGUUGUUGCAGUGGAAGUUUGGGAACAUCGAUUGCAUCCUACAACUCGGAUCAGGCCAUGAGUGGAGGACACCCCAACAACAAUCACAACAACAACAAUACUAAUAAUACAUAUGCUGGCCACAACAGCAGUGGUGGUGGACAUCGCGGAAACAACUACUUUCGAGGAGGAGGUCGUGGAAAUCAUUAUCAUCGCUACAAAAAGAAACAGAGACAACCUCCUUCGGACAAUAGCUUGUACGGCAAAACUCCCGUGGCGGCUCUGUACGAAUGGUGUGACAAGCGACGUCUGGGGCAGCCAUCGUUUGCCCUGCUUUCACAAGUUUCGAAGGAAGGAGGAGGCCCCGAAGGUGCCUACGAAUUCUCUUGUCUGCUCGAGGAUGGCGUGGAAUGGGGAAGAGGACGUGGAACCAACAAAGCGUCCGCCAAGCAAGAUGCGGCACGCAAAGCACUCAUGCAGCUCUUGCCUGGAGUACAAUUUGACCCUGAAAGCGGCAUCUUGGUGGCACUACCGAGCCCAUCUCCCGUGACGUCUCCCCAGGCGGCCGUUGGAGGAGGACGUCCCAAUCAUCAUCACCAACAACAGCGUCAGCCGUCGUCGUUGGAAGAUUUGGCUCCCCAUCUAGCACAACGAUUGGCGAUUGCUUCUGGACGGGAAGAUGACUACGACGACGGCAAUAACCAGCAACCGCGUGGAGCUGUCGACUACUCGUCGAAAAAGUUGAAACGAGCGUGGAGUGUCUACCCAGGGACAACCUCGACUACAAAUUCCGAAGAAGAUGAUGAGAACGCUUGGUACGCCUCCAGGGGCGCAUCUGUUUGUAGUGCACUGCUGCAUGCCAUGGUCCAAAUUGAUGACAGAAUCCCAGAAGGCCCACAAUACACAUUCAUCAUGACGGAAACGCAAACUACCAAUGCGCAAAUGAAACGCAAAGGUCCUGCAUCGUCGUCUAGUGGCACUAUUGUGAUCCAUCGUGGUUCGUUCACCUGCAAUGCGACGUUGCAAGUGUUGUGUAACAGUCCCAGUCGUCCUCAUGCGAGCGGAAAUAGCGAGGACCCAAACUCCCCGGAGCCAGCAGAAUGCUCAAAUGCCGAGGCAUUGGACAAAGAAGCGUCUUCCCCCAUCACAAAGGGACAACCAAAGGAGGAUACCGAGGCAGCAGAAAGUGAGGUCAGCGAGACUCCCCGAAAGUCCGCUGCGACCACAAGCAAUGAUGGCGCUCAAGUAAAGGUGCUGGAGGCAGUUGGAGUUGCUUCCACCAAGCGUGAAUCGAGACAUUCGGCGUCUGCCAAGCUACUGGCCAUGCUGUUCCCGGAGUGUAGAAGUAUGGUGGAGGUGAAAGCAGCAGCAGAGGCGGCCCGUGAGGCGUAUGCCGCAAAGAAACAGCAAAGCAAGCAGUCCAGCCGCAACUUUGCAAAUGCGAGCAAUCGAAGGCGCCACAAUCGACGAGACAGGUCCAAGAUUCCUCGUUUGUCGCUAUCUCAAUUGAAUGCAAUCUGCACUUCUGGUGAAAACGAUCCUCCCCUGCCGGACUUUUACGCAGGCGAACUACGAUCAAUUCUGGGAAUCCAGCAGCAACAAGAUCAAGAGAAUUCGUCUGCCACCACGAUUUGCAGUCAAGUGAUGGGAUUCGAAAAACUCAACCUCAACCAGGACGCCACAGUCGAGUCAGCGUCAAAUCAGAAAGAGGAGGAGAAUGGCGGUAUUGCUCGUAGUAGGAAGCCUACUAGCUCUACGGAAGGUGAUGUAUCGACAGGGCAUAUCGAAAGUAACUCUAGCUCCGUCGCUCGCCAGCUUAGCCGACAGAAACAAUUGGAAGAGAGGGUCGACAAAGCACUUCAGGCGCUGAAUGAGCAUGAUGAUGAAGGCCGUUCACUGCCAUCACAGCUAACACCUGAUGAUGUUGGUAGAACCGUACUCAGACGUGCCACUGAAGUAGAAGAUGUCGAAAGAAUCAAACGGCUUUUGAGCAACGGGCCGCCUUGUGGAGGGCAGUUACCACCGGUGUCUAUUCUCGGAGCUGCGGCUUCUUCGUGCACCGGCGCCGACUAUGGCGCUGGCGAGCAUUCAGAAACAAGUCAAGAUUGCGGAGCUCUUGCCUUGAGGCUGUGGGGAUCAUCGACGAUUGUUCUUCUGUUAUGUCGUGCUAUAGCCGCUUUUGAGGACCCGCCUCUUGGCUGUGCUGUCCUAACUCUGGGUUUCUCAAUGACGAAGGGGAAAGUGCUGAGAGUAGCGAUGAUCGGCAGCGAACCCCACUUACCACGUGAACGGUUCUUGGAGGUCCUCGACACAUUUGCCACAUGUAUGGAUUGCGCCAUGGAGAGAGAGCAGGAUGAGCUGCGGACUGCUGUGCGGUUGCAAAAGAGAGAUCUGGAAUCGGUACUUCGAUCACACCUGGGAUUACGGUCGGCUCGACUUUCAGAGGAAAGCCAAAGUGCAAAUUUCUCUGCUCCUCUGCAAAGCGUACGUGAAGAGAGUGAAGGCGGCGAGGAUAGUGAUCGAUCGGGAGACGCCACCGGCGAAGUGAAGGGGCGGGACAAGCCCAGCAAGAGGUCCCGCGUGGAAUAGAGCCAGUCUAUGUCAGCAGCGGCUAGGCUUCGUUACUAGAGAAUUUCAGAUCUUAUAUACAAAGGCUGUUCUAACAAAUGAAAAUCGUUUUAUGAUAUGCACCCAACACCAACGCUGU